GUCACAGAGGCUCCGGGCUACUCAGCGACAUGGCUGCGUUCCUGCGAGCUCGGAAAUAUGUUCGCUGUGUUGUCCGUUUCUCCGACCGUGAACUGUAAACGCUAGUGUUUUGUGACUGUGAGCAAAAAAAAAUAGUGAGCUACUGGCCUAGCUGUCAUGGUGAGUCAUCUUUAUUUUGAUGAAAUAUUCAGAAAAACAUGUUAGCUAACAGGCUACGUUAGCUAGCCAACUAGCUAGCGAACGUUGCGAACGUUACCUGGCAUGUCUUACCUGUAGCUCUGUCGGUGCUGCGUCUAACCGAUUAAUCGGUUAUUUUUGCAACCUUUAAUUGUUAAUGAAGAGAUAUGUGAGAGAUAUAUAAAAAAGCACUUGUUAUUAUUAUUAUUAUUAUUAUCAUUAUUAAUAUUCGACUUUUAAAGUUUAGUGUCACUUAGAUGACUUGUACAGCUGUUACAGGAAGAGAGAAAAGGGGUAAAAGUAAAUGCCACAUUAAAUAAACAAACGUUACCUGGCGUGUCGUACCUGUAGCUCUGUUUGUGCUGCGUCUUAAAGGUUAAUCGGUUAUUCAUGCAACCUUUAUUUGUUAAGUAAGAGAUUUGUUUGGGGAAACAUAUGCAGUCGUGAAAAACAUAUGCUCUGAUCAGUGAGGGUAUUAUUAUUAUUAUCAUUAUUAUCAAUAUUAGAUUUUUAGAGUUUACUGUCUCUUAGAUGUCUUGUACAGGUGUUCCAGGAAGAGAGAAAGGGGUUAAACGCCCCAUUAUAUAAACAUUAAGGUGUUGUUACACUUGUUUUGUAUAGGUUUGGUGCUUAGAUGCCAUUGUUGUGUAUACACAGUAUUUACUAAUAUAUUGUUUUCCAUAGGAAAUGGCUAUCUAACAAUUUAAAAUGCAAUAACUCUUGGAGAUGAACCCCAUAAAUUCCAAAGUCCGCUAAUAACAGGAUGAGUAGCUCUGAAAAAUGUCAACAAUUCAAGUAACCCCCUCUCUUCAGUUUUUACACCAGGCUUCAACCUGCCAUACAGUAUCCAUGGCAGGUUUUGAAGUUUCUGGCUGACCUGUUUCAUACUCUGGAGGCCCCUUAAGGACAGGGAGUAGUAACAAGAACAACAAGGUGUGGGGCCUACAGCCUGAGGCAUCUGUAGCACUUUUCAUCUCAAAAGUAUCCCAAUACAAACUGCUUUACAGAAUCAGAAUAUGACCCUCCAUCCAUUACAUCAGUGUUUGUAUUAGCUCCCACUAUUUAUAUGCAUACUGCAGACAUUCUUGUUUUUGCAGUGACUAUGCAGAAAAGAGCUUUUUCUGAGUUUUGGGGAUGCAACUAGCGCCUGUGUGGAAUGAAGUUGAGAUAUCCUGCUUUUUCUGUUGCAGGCUGAAGAAAUUGCAGAAAUCGCGAGUACGAUUGAGGAUGAAGAUGAAGGCUCUGAUGACCCAAACCUUCAGGUGAGAAAUUUUUUGCGUUGACUUUACUCCACUUAUGAUUCAGAGUUAUUGCAUAUGUAUACUGUAAAGGCCCCUCUUACAGUUUGCUACCUUAGAAAGGCAUGUGACCUACUCUACCUUACAGUGUAAAUAAGAAGGUUAAAUAACUACUUGGCAUAUGAGGACUCAGAGAUCGUAUGACUAAACCUCAAAUGUACCCUCUGGUUAUCUAUGCAGUCCUAUGAGAGCCUCUUUUAAAUGUAACUCAAUGCAAAUGAACAUGUGUUCUUGAAGAAAAUGACCUUUUCUCUUGGCACGAUUUGAGAAGGUUUCCAGAGCAGGAACAGUUUUUUUAUUGUGUUAUUCAGAAGAGUCCCUGAAUGAAUUCUGAGUCAGGAAAACAGUCUGGAUCCAGCGAAAACGUUUGCUGAACUUUAUACAGAAUUUAAAAUAAAGGUUCGAUUGCGAUGUGGUGAAAACAAUAUUCAUGUGCAUGUGACUACGCGUUAACUCUUCUGAACUCACACAGUGCAUGUCAGUGUGUUUCUGUAAACUGACACUACUCUCCAAAUAUUUGACAUGGCACUGAGUGAGGUAUUGACAAACUUAUUGAUUCUUACUGUGACCUCUUUAGUGUUGAUUAUUUUACCUGUUUCUAAAUCCUCCUCAUGUGAUCUCACACAUUUCAAUAUAAGGUCUUUACGUUAAACAGGAAAGUCCCAGGCUUAUAAUUUAAGCAGGAUAUAAUGAAUCAAAAUGUCCACGCUCUUAAUUUCAUCACAGAAGUUAUACAUAUGCUCUCUUAGGUGAGCUCUUUUCAUAUUUCCAGGUGCUUGAAUAUCUUGCUUUGAUAUAAAUGUCACAGAAGUGUGGUAGAGAGACCGAGCGGUCCCACAGCUGUGCAGACUUUGAAGAUAAUAACAGAGGUGUUACAGAAGCAGGAUGGGAUCACUGUGUGUGUGUGUGCAUGUGAAGCUCCUGCUGAGUGUUCUGCUACACCAUAACUAAUUAUGGAGUCACGCACAGAGACUUCAGUGUUACCCCACUGUGGGAUCAUCACAAAAGUACAAAAGCUCUCAUUUCUGAGUCUUUCUUUUCCCCUUCUGAUUUUACAUCAAGUCUCUUUUCCUGCCUUUAUUCAUUUGGUUGAAUUUUCAGGUGCAGCUCAAUGUAUUCAGAGCUCAGUGGAUGUCAGAACUUAAGCCGAGCUCUGAAGGAAGCGGAGUGGGUGAGCGUGUGCUGCGAGCUAGAGGUGUGAGGAAGACACAAGAAAUAGUUCGAGAGGAAAAAGUAAGCUGCGAGACGAUACCUGAAAGUCGAAUCCUUUGGAAAAAGUGAAGUGCACUGAGCUGUUGAGUGACUAAUGUGAAUAAUCUCACCCCCAGGCAGCAGAAUUGUUCUUGAGAGCCGUGGAGGAGGAACAAAAUGGAGCUGUCUAUGAAGGUGUGCAAGCAGGGAGUGCUUAUAAACAACAAAAGCCCAGCCAGUGUGGGGUUUCUCUGAACAAUCCAGAUUAACAGCUCAGUGAGGGGGAAAGGUUACCAGUGAUUUAGAGGAAUUUCUUAGCUGUUGGACUUUUCACUUUGCAUCAUUAAAACAUGAAAUACCUUAAAAAAGUUUGAGAUUUGAAUUAUCUGUAGGGAUAACAAGUAGACUUAGAUAAUAUAUGUUAAAGCAGCAGUAAGGCUCUUCUUUAACACUUGUUUUCAUUUCCCUGAACUCUGUCUUUGCAGCCAUCAAGUUCUAUCGCAUGGCGAUGCAGCUUGUACCUGACAUUGAGUUCAGAAUCAACUAUAACCGUCCGCCUGAGACAGACCGGGCUGGAGGAGAGUAGUAAGUUACUUUUUAGUCCUUAAUAUUUGGAGUAUUUCACCGUAAAGGUUAUCUGAGUUCAUAAUAUUCAUCAGGCUGUAGGAAAUCUGAGUUUCACCUUUGUAACUGUGCCUGUUGUGAUUAACUCGCAGCAUGGAGGAUAGCGAUGUUGAUUGUGAGAUUGAGGACCUACUUGCCUACUUUGAGCAGCAGUUCACUCUGGAAAGCUCCUUUCCAAAGAUCUGCACUCCUGAGCUGGACAUAAAUCGAACGCACAUUUCAGGUAAGAGCUGGUUGUGAUAUUAAACGAUGAACACACAGAGAGAGUCGUUAUUUACUUUGACUGAUCAAACUGGUUUUCCCUCUUCCUUUUUUUUUCUCUUACUUGCAGCCUUGCCUCGGGAAAUCCUGAUGUACAUCUUUCGUUGGGUCGUAUCGACUGAUCUGGACAUGCGAGCCCUGGAGCAGCUGUCUUCGGUGUGCCGAGGGUUUUACAUCUGUGCGAGGUCAGCUUUUCAAACACUUUUGUAUAUUUUCACUGAGUUAUUUGAGGGUAUUUUUUCUCUAAUGGACAUCAAGAUUAAAAUGGGAAGGAAUACAGGUUGUAAUUGAACCCUGGCUGCCACAUUUAAAUGAACUUUUAAAGGUGCAUCAAGGUUCACCCAGCCUUUUUGUGUCUUCAUCAGGGACCCUGAGAUUUGGCGCUCGGCCUGUAUCAGAGUUUGGGGGCGCAACUGCACGAAAAAUGUUCCCUACAAGUCCUGGAGGGAGAUGUUUCUGCAAAGGCCUCGAGUCCGUUUUGAUGGUAAUCCUAUGCUGUGAUGUUUAUCUUUUAACUCAUGAAGGCAAGACAGAAGGUACAUUGCAAAGUGUUGCUUCACAGUUUGUUAAUAUCUCCAUCCAUAUUCUUCUCAGGCAUCUAUAUCAGCAAGACGUCAUAUAUUCGUCAAGGAGAAGAGUCGCUGGAUGGAUUCUACAGAGCCUGGCACCACGUGGAGUGCUACAGGUAGGUGACUCACUUAAAGGGAUAUUCCAGCGUAAAAUUGAUUUAGGGUCAAACACACUGUAACACCGAGUUAGACACCCUUUCAAGAGAUGAAUGUUACUGACCACUUGCUACUCUAGUUUUACCAACUGUAGUAACGACCGCACCGGGGUGUCUAACUCUGCGUUACGGUGUGUUUGACCCUAAAGUAAUUUUACGCCAGAAUAUCCCUUUAAGUGACUAAUUUUCAUUGUGAGUUUGAGUAGAGAUCAUACCUUAGGCUUUGCAAAAGUCACCUGAACUCUGACUUUUUUUUCACAGGUACCUGCGGUUCUUCUCUGACGGUCAUGUCGUCAUGUUGACCACUCCAGAGGACCCCCUGACUGUCAUCCCUCGCUUGCGAACCAGGAACACGAGGUAGACCUUUUACUGUCUGUUCAGCUAAAAUGCAAGAUCAGAAAAUAAGACCACGUGUUGAGUUUCAGCGAGUUUCAUGACGGUUGGAUUUUGUUUCUUCUCUCCUCAGAAUGGAUUCUGCUCUGCUCGGUCAUUACCGUCUGUCACAGGAGACAGACAAUCAAACCAAAGUUUUUGCUGUUGUUUGCAAGAAAAAGGAGGAGGUGAGAAUUAACUUUAGGAGGGGAAACAAAAGAUGAGUGAAUAAUAAGUCGUCUGUGGCACCACAGAGGACUUUCAAGGUUCUUUCAACAUCAUCUAGUUAUAAAAUGAGUGGAGAGAAUUUAAUAAAUGGAAACUUCUUAUAGUUAAACAAUGUAGAAAAAAUAAUCUUUUCACUCAGUUAUGAAAUAAAUCACCACUUUAGAAAAAGGAGUUACAAUUAAGAGGAUAAAGCUAUAUUCACAACCUUUUAAAACAAUAACACUGAGAUAUUAGAUAAGAUACAUAUUUUAAGAUGUUACUGAGUGAAAUCUGAACCCACUCCUCUAAUUCAAAGUCUUCAAUGUCUUAAAGUUAAACCAUAAAGUUCAUGACUUAUCUGUAUUUUUUUUCUUUUUUUUCACAGAAAGCGGCCGAGUUUCAAAAGAAUCGGUUCUGCAGGCGGAACCCACUUCCGGAGGCUGAGCACAGCUUCCAUGUGGGACUGCAUCUGUCCUCCGGAGGGCGCCAGAACUUCAGUAAGCUGGUGUGGAUUCACCACUCCUGCCACAUCACUUAUAGGUAAGACACAAAAAUAUGUAUAGGUCUGUUUAAUGAAGGUCCCUAAUUGUUUUAGAGUUGAUGGUAAUCAUGUUUUUUGAUGGAUGGAGCCUCAAAGUCGAGGUUUCGUACAUGCAUCUAGAAAGAGUUGGGCAGCAGUAAUAUCUGGUGCAGAGCCUUGGUUAGAUCUGUGCCAAAAACUGUGUCAGCCAUAUUAAUACUGGAUACAGACUGAUCUAUUUUAACUUUGUUCAUCAGCACCGUUCACAUCACAGAGACUGCACACAUACAAUUCAUAAGUAACAAAACAGGUUUUUGGUGUGACGUUUCUUCCACUUUUACUCACUGAUUAAACCUACAACCAUCAGCACACAUUUAAAGGGAGGGUUUGUAUGAAAUACUGGCUUAUCAUAAUUGUGAAGGAGCAUGUCAGUGUUUGAAUGAUUAGCUUCUGUGCUCGUUUCUGGAUUUUGACUCGGAUCCCCCGUGGCUAACACAGUUACCACUGACAACCUCAUACAGUCCUGCUCAUGAAAUAGGGAACUAUACCUUUAAGAGAAUUUUUAAAAAGGUGUUAUUGAAAUGGCAUUGAGCAUAACCAGGAGGUAGUGUUGGGCCGUAUGAACAAAAUCUUAUAUUCCGGUAGGAGUAAUUUCACAUCACGGUAAUGGUAUAUAUCACGGUUUGUUUUUUUCCUCCUGUAAAUUCAAUUAAUGGCUUAAAGAUAACCAUUCUGUCGCAUUUGUUCAUUUUCCUUCUAUUUUUAAACUCAGACUUGUAAACAAAUACAAACAAAAUGUCAGACCAGUCUGGCGAUUUCUUUUUAUCAUAUAGUGUAUAUUUGGUGAAAGACUCUGCCAAGCUCUUUAGUAUAAGAGGAGCUGCUGCAGCUUUAAGUUUUGGUGCAGCAGGUGCGUCACGCAUCUUUUGGCUCUCACUAUAGUGCUUGACGUGUUUCAUCUUGUGGUGGUGGAAGAGGUUGAUGGUGUUUCCACCUCCAGCAAUGACAGCCACACGUCACUCUUUGCAUAGUAUUGUUUUUUGAUCAUUGUCGGGUUGUCUAAAUCCGAAGAAUCUCCAGACAACCGAUGUCGCGACUCGCACCCUUUUUCAGAACAAGUGCCUCCUCCACAGUACUCAGUAAUUAAUUUAGAAACUCAGUACUGCCACUAAUCUCUGCAUCCGUCAUGACCACCCCCAGUGAAGCUGUUUUUCUUGGUCGAAACUAUGCCAAGCAGUCUCCUGGACACGCUGGUGAAUAUACGGAUACGCACCCAAACGGAUGUGCUCAGGCUUUCCUGUUGGCGAGCGCAGACACCUGCUCUCUCUCUCCGGUAUAAACGGUUUCACAAAAUUUCUACCUUUGGACACUUUUAUACCGUCAUACCGCCCAACACUACCAGGAGGUAAUACCUUGAAGGUCAGAUUCCCAUCCUCUCUUGGCACUGAAAUGAGGUUGAAAUGAAUUCUGUUUCCAGGCUGACUGGAGAGACAGUGGUCACAGCCUUUGACCUGGACAGGAUGUACACCCCCUUCUUCUUUGCACGCGUGAAGAGCUACACUGCUUUCUCAGAGCAGCCUCUGUGAGCUGCCUGGAGGGACCCGCACAUGAGCCCACAGAGAUCACAGAGAAAGUCCAUGUAAUAUGUCAGCUAAACACAUACUCCUCAGCCUUUUUAAUUUGUGCUGCAGCUGGAUAAUGUUGUUCAUUAUAGCAUGUAACGUUUGAGGUUUACAAAUAGAAACUACUUAUUUUCUUAUUUGAAAAUUUAUGCUAAUGGGCUGAGAGCUAAAACUAUCAGCGACCUUUCCCACUUGCUCAAAGUAAUGAAUCUUAAUGCUGGUUUUGUUUCAUGGUGCACUAUCUCCCUCGAAUAAACUGGUAAACAGAAUGGACCCUUAAAGCAUGAUUCACUUGUCUGUUUUCUG